UAGUUUGAAUUGAGCAGCUAACUUGUUUUGGCCACUUCCUUUGGCAUUCACUUAUGUCUUGCAGGUAGAGUACCGUAUAGUGGAAAAUCGUAUUGCAAUCGCGUGAAAGUACGCCAGCCAACAAGAAAACACCGCAGUUAUUAACGAAGGCUGUAUUCGGAGAUUUAAUAUGUUUCUGGUGGUUUUCUUGUGAGCGGAUUGUGCUUUUGUUUAAAGAUGAGUGAAACAAAUCAAAUUAAUGCGAACGGAAAUAGUAAGGUACUGGCAGCAGCGUCACGUGAAGACGUGGAGAGCGGGGCCCAGGUUGCUGGGCUCAAAGGUAAAACUGCCGACGACGUCAGCACGAGGCGAAGAACCCGCAAUUCGCGACCAGUUCGCGUCCUACUCCGGCGUUUGUUUGUCAUGGCCGUGAUACUCGCGAUUCUAGUCGGUCUCGCUGGGUUCUUUUGGUACCUUUUCGGGUGGCAGUUCCUCAUUCAGCUUGCGAUCGUUGUCUUGGUUGCUUACCUAGCUGCAGGACACUGGAGAUGGUUCUAUGUAGCUAUAGUAACAGCACCUAGAGACCUGCGUGCUCUCUACAGAUAUAUAAGGCUUUUGAUACAAGUCAAGUCGUUAUAUCGACGCGACCUUCCAUUGGCGAAAAUAUUUGAGCAGAAUGUUAAAAAACAUCCUCAUAAGCCGGCAAUUUUGUUUGAGGAUCAAGAGUGGUCUUUCAUACAGAUUGAAGAAUACAGUAAUAAAAUAGCAAACAUAUUCAAAAGUCACGGCUACAAAAAGGGCGAUCGCAUUGCGCUUUUCCUGGAAAACAAGCCCGAAUAUGUGGGCAUUUGGUUGGGUCUAUCAAAAUUAGGAGUGAUCGUUCCAUUGAUAAAUACCAAUCUAAGAUUGAGCUCUUUGGUGCAUUCGAUCACUGUGGCAAAAUGUCAGGCUGUUAUAUUUGGAUCUGAACUAUCAGAUGCUGUGAGCGAAGUUUUGGACAAAAUCGAGUCCAAGGUGGCUCUGUAUCAAGUGAAUUGCAACAACAAUGCCGGACCCCAAGAUGAACGUUUCGAAAAUUUGGAUUUAUUGCUAAAAGAAGCUUCGAGUAGUCAGCCGGAAGUAACGGAAAAAAUCGGCCACCAUGAUCAUUUGGUUUAUAUUUACACUUCGGGCACAACUGGACUUCCUAAAGCAGCCGUAAUAAGUACCUCAAGGUAUUUUUUUAUUGCCGGCGCUAUGCAUUGGCUGUGUGCUUUCCGUGCAUCUGAUCGCUUUUACUGUCCUCUUCCAUUAUAUCACACGGCCGGAGGCUGUAUGAGUAUAGGGCAAAUGUUAAUUUAUGGAUCUACUAUUGUGAUUCGCAAGAAGUUCUCUGCUUCUGCCUAUUUUCCGGAAUGUCGCAAAUAUAAUUGUACUACUGCUCAAUACAUUGGGGAAAUGUGUAGGUAUAUUUUGGCAGUGCCCCCUAAACCCAGCGACACCGAGCACAGUUUGAGGGUAAUUUUUGGAAACGGGUUGCGGCCGCAAAUCUGGAGAGAGUUUACAGACCGAUUCAAUAUAAAGGACGUUAAAGAGUUUUACGGGGCAACAGAAGGAAAUGCAAACAUCGUGAAUUUCGACAACACGGUGGGCGCAAUCGGCUUUUUAUCUCGAAUCAUUCCGCAAGUCUAUCCUAUUUCGAUUAUCAAAGUUGAUGAACACGGGGAGCCAGUUCGAGAUGCCCGAGGAUUGUGCCAAACGUGCAAACCCAACGAACCUGGAGUGUUCAUCGGCAAAAUAUUACCAAACAAUCCAUCCAGGGCCUUUUUAGGAUACGUCGACGAGGAGGCCUCUAAAAAGAAAAUCGUUCACAACGUUUUCAGCAUAGGGGACAGUGCCUUCCUUUCCGGGGACAUUUUAAUAGCAGACGAAUUUGGAAAUUUGUUUUUCAAGGAUAGAACUGGCGAUACGUUUAGAUGGAAGGGUGAAAAUGUCUCCACUUCUGAAGUCGAGGCUGUGAUUAGUAAUUUAGUAAGUUAUAAGGACGUUGUUGUGUAUGGGGUGGAAAUUCGGGGCAUGGAAGGCCGAGCGGGAAUGGCUGCGCUCUACGAUCCUGAACGAUCAGUGGAUCUGAAUGCCGACUUCCGCGAAGGUCUGAAAAAGGCUCUGCCUGCAUAUGCCAGGCCCAUGUUUGUCAGGAUCUUAACUAAACUGGAUCUUACAGGAACCUACAAAUUAAAGAAAAACGAUCUGCAAAAAGAUGGUUUCGAUCCAUCAAAGACAUCGGACAGUAUUUAUUAUUUAAGUUCCAGCGGUCAGUACGAAAUCGUCACCCAAGACGUUACCCAGAAAAUCAAUUCAGGCGAGAUUCGAAUGUAGAACCCAUGAGUUAUUGAUGCUUUUUCAGCAGACUGAUUUAAUUUAAAUGUUGAUCUGAUGGUCGUUAUUGCCAUCGCUCAUUUUACUAGAAAAAUGCAUUGGUUUUCAGCUCUCUAGGUGCAACAGUUUAGUGACACGAAUAGAGUUAGUUUUCUAGGCGUGUAUUUUAGGAUAGGAAAAUGUGGUUAUAUGCCAAUUUACUUUUUGUCUUUAAGUCCACUAUUCGAUUUAUAUCUAGGCCUAGCUGAUUUUCUUGAAGGAGAAAUCGAAUGCAGGCUUAUAUGUAUAGCUGUUAAGCACAAUUUUUUUAUUUGCAUGUAAGUACUUUUAGUUGCGCAAAUCGGAUUGAUCUAGUUAGGCCCUUUUUGAGUAUUUAAUUUUUUGAAUGCCCUGCAAAGAUAAUGGUAUUUAUUUUAAGAUUUUUUUAAAAUUUAUGUGGGCUUUUCUUACUCUUUGCAUUCAAAAGGACAAACUUACUUUAUAAGUGCGGCGUGGUUUAGAAUAUUGUACUCCUAUUAUUUAUUGUGGUUUUGCACUAUUUCUGGUUGUUGUAGUUUUUACUCAUGUUAUUAAAAGAUUGUUCUUUAAAA